GUUAACCAAACAUUUGUGAACUCUCAAAAACGGUUCAGGGGUGAGUUGAGCUUCUGCUCUGGUCUUAUUUUACCUGCACCAAUUAAUGAAUGUCUGAGCACCCCAGGAAACACAGCCACGUAUGGACAUCCGAGUCUUAACAUGUUGGCCAGAGCGCAUGUGAGCUAUGGGAUGUAUGGUUCAGACUAACCCACGGACUGUGUCUUUAAACAGAGCGAGGAGGCCGAAGGGCUGGGACAGCAGGGUGUAACCAGUUCAGCCAGACAGUCGUCACACAUGGCAGUGCUCCCGGACAGGCUCUGUGCAUUGGGAGGGAUUAUCUGGGGUUUAGUCACUGCACUGGUAUCACAGGCGGAUGCACUGGGCACCCAGCCCAGGUCCACCCUGCCCCUCACAAGGUGUUGUGCGCUACUUGCCAGAGGACUGAUGAAUACACACUUCCGCUUACAGGCUCAGCCCUCCGCUCUGUCACACCUGUAAGCUUUGGCACAGCAGCACCUGAGCAAACUUGCGCCGUUCAGACAGUGGCUGGACUGGAGUCACAUACAGGAGCCGAGAACAGACCUGAGCCACUGCACAGAAGCGGAGGGAGAAUUAGAGCGGGGAGCCUGGAGCUAUCCUGUACCCCUUGGCAGAAGCCAGGAGAGCGUCAGAGAGAAGCCCUGUUCUGAGGGCCAAGCAGCAAGUUCCUCUUGUACCUCUGAGCCUCCCGCUCCCUUCCUUUGCCUGCAGGCCUGGGGGAGAUGAGCAUUUCAUCAGAGCACCGAUCCCUUGGGAAACAAGUCACGAGCAGCCUACAAACGCUGUCACCGAUCGUGGAGUUAAACAUUGGCGGGGAGGUGUACACAACAACGCUAAGCACCCUGAAGAAACACCCUGGCUCCAAGCUGGCAGACAUGUUUACUGGCCAGCCCAAGCUCAGGACAGACACAGAGGGGAGGUUCUUCAUUGACAGGCCAGGCACCUAUUUUAAGUACAUCUUGGAAUACCUCCGCAGUAACCAGGUGCCCACCCAGUGCAUCCAGGACGUGUAUAAAGAGGCAUUGUUCUAUGACAUCGAGCCUCUGGUCAAGCAGCUGGAGGACUCCCCUCAGAUUUUUGGGGAGGUGGUGGCAAGGAAGCAGUUUCUGGCCCGCGUGCCCAACUACAGCGAGAACAUUGAGCUGAUGAUUCGCAUCGCCAGGGCGGAGGCGGUAGCAUCCCGCCAGUCCAGUGUCAUCGUGUGUGUGGUCAGGACCGAGGAGGAUGCGGUCAAGUGUCACGACUCCCUGAAUAACUUGGACAUGGAUAAGAAAUCGGUGGUGAAGUUUGGCCCCUGGAAGGCGACUCCGAGCAUUUCUGACCUUUUGGAUUGCAUUAAAAUGGACAUUGAAGUCAAAGGAUACAAGAUUUCCUUCCAGCCCCAUGUCACAGAGAAAGGCUUCCGGUUCAAAUCCUACGACUUCUUCUACAAAUUUCUGUUCACCUGGUGGUAGCAAAAGGGAACUCUUGGCAGUGAUUUUUAAACGGCUAUUAAAAUAAAUAGACUUCUGUUGUUUUAAUACAGAGAAUCUCUCAGAGAUCAGAUUCUGGGAUCUGGCCAAACUGCACACCUCACAAGUUGAGAUGUGUGUGCAGUGGGGGUGUAAAGCCUCCCCACCCCCAUGCUAUUCCAAAGCUGAGCCGAUCAUGUACAGGCCUGUGUAAAUAAGAGCAGCCUUAGGCUGAUUGCUAACUGACCCAAGGGGCUGAAACCACAGUCGGGACCAGAGCAAUAGAGGGUGCUCUGGCCUCAUCCUCUUUACUCUGAUCUCAUUCUGUGCAAGCAGCCAGGGCUGGGGGUAGUGUUGCCUCUACACCAGCUCUGGGGCAAUCGUCCUGGGACUGAGUUAACCAGAUUUACAGCCAGAAACAGCUGUCAGGGUAAUACAAAGUAGUUGGAGGAUCUGGUACAGAAUUUUUACUGUUGCUACACAUAUACGAUAAUAGGCAAAAAGAACUUGGCUUGGCUUCUAGAUCUCUGGUCGUGUUUGCAGUACUGGGGGAAAAUCAUCUUUGUAAAGCAGCAAAUUAGGUCUGGAAGCGUCAUUGAGAGAGAAUAAAUAUGUGAGUACACCAAGUCCUCAGUCUGAAUAUAGCUUAACUCUGAAGGGUACUUCUGCUCUUGGAGCUAGGGAUGGGGUGUGUGAUUCCCAGCUCGAGGAGACAUACCCAUGCUAGGUCUGAUUGAACUAGCAUGCUCAAAGUACAAUGUAGUGAGAGUGGCAGGAGGGGCUAACCGCCCUGAGGACAUACCCCUCUGAGAUCCUAAGAAAUAUACUCAGGGUGCCUAACCCAUCACGCAGCUCGCUCUGCUGCGGCUACAUUCUAUUUUUAGUGGACUAGCUCAGCGGGAGUUCACGCAGGUAUGACUCCUUGAGGAGGGAAUCACACGGCUCAAGCUGCAAGUGCAGACAUACUCACUGGUCUCUCCGCUACAGCUGUGCAUGAUCAAUGAUAUGGCUUCAGUUGUAGGAGUUAUAUGAGCACAUGCAACUCAGGGGCAGCUGGUGAACUGUGGGGCAAGUGGGGCAUAGCAGAAACCCCCAGGGCUCCUGCACACCACAAUGCCCUACCCCCCCCCCCCAGUCCCAGAACUCUGGGUGCUCUUCUCUUCCCCCUCAUUCCCACCUUGCUUAACCCUGGCCUCUGAAGUCUCCCUCCUCCCCCCUCCCUUCACCUGAAUUUCUCCUUACUCCCCCAGCCCCUGUUCCCCAUUAGUCCCAAGCCCCUGAGGAUUCUUCACCUCCUAGGCCAGGAGUGACUGACAGAUUUACCCACUCAGCAGAGUGGCUCUUCUCCUGAGCCUCUUGCCUUUCUUCUUGAUUCCCCGGGGCCUCCCACAGCUCCUUGUCAGUUCCUCCUGCCGCUUCUCCUCCCCUACAGACUGUGCAGUCAAGAUCUGAGAGGAAGCAAGCGGUGGGGAUUUUGAGUGGGGUUUGUGGUGCUGGAUUCACUGCCCAAGCCACAGGCUGCAGUGACUGCAGAGCGCUCUGAAGCCUUUGGUGGGGGUGGGGCAGUGCCAUGACACCUCUAUCCAUGAGCUGCCACUGCACCCACUGGGAGCUGUGCUUGCUCAUGCCAAGGCAAAAUUUGGCUCUCCGCUGAGAAAACCAAUGCUCUAGCACAGUGGUUCUUUAACACCAGGACCUUGUGUUAAAACCGAUAAGGUUUAAGGACCCCUACCUCUCCUCUAGCGGUAAAGAAAAAGGGUGUCAAUGCCCAGGUUGGCAGCCCACUCUCUAUCAAAUAUUAUUAUUAUUGAUUAUUUGUAUUGCGGUAGCACUAGGAGCCCCAGUCAUGAACCAGGUCCCCAUUGAGCUAGGUGUUGUACAAACACAGAACAAAAAGAUGGUGUUGGCCCCAAAGGUUUUCCAGUUUAAGUUGAAUGUGUUCAACUUGUUAAUGCAGCAGUGUUUAGCUAUUUUUUGUGCCAUCAGUUACAUCUCUUUGAGUGCUACAAAUGAAUAUGUGCAUCAGGAGACAUAAUGAAACCCCAUGAUGAUUAUUAGAUGGAAGAGUCCCAUAAGGUACUUCCAAUAGUACAAACUACAGCCCAGUUCCUACAGUCUCUACUAAAGCAAAACUCCCUUUGACUUCAGUGAAAAUGUUGUCUGAGUAGAGGGUGCUGCAUUGGGUCCUCUAUUGUUUUUUAAAACCUUAAUAUUCACAAAUUUAUUUUUAUUUAUUUUUAUACUCAAGACAGCUGAUGAUUUUAAAUUAUUUGCUACCCCCAGGAUAUCUGAAAAUCAUAUUGGUUAUUCUAGAUCAUGGUUACGUUUACUUUUACACUUGAAAUAUGGGUUGCCUCCUAUAAAGGACAAUAUGUGUUUUGGGAUACUAAAUAAAUACACUUUUA